AUGAUCUUGUCAAAGUGGCUACCCAUAUUGGGUGGCUCUCUUGCUAUCCAGGGUGCCCUCGCUAUCACACUCAACGUUGACGAUGAAAAUUCCAUCAAAUCCGCUGCCAAGACCGUCGCCACAGACAUGAUAACAUACUACAAUGAUCGAGAAUCCAAAGACAUUCCAGGAAAGUUCGACGGAACCUGGUGGGAAGGUGGAUCCAUGUUCAUGAUCCUCAUCCAGUACUGGUUCUUGACAGGCGACAGCCAGUUCAACGAUCUAAUUCAGGAGGGCAUGUACUGGCAGAAAGGCGACGACAAUUACUUCCCAUCAAAUUACAGCCAGUAUCUUGGUAACGAUGAUCAAGUUUUCUGGGGGUUGGCCGCCAUUACCGCUGCCGAACUGAACUUUCCCGAAAAAAGCGGAGAGCCUUCGUGGGUUUCGCUUGCGCAGGGUGUCUUUAACACUCAAGUUCCUCGUUGGGACACCAGCAGCUGUCAUGGUGGUUUGCGCUGGCAGAUUUGGCCUUACCAGAGUGGUUACACUACAAAGAAUGCCAUCUCCAACGGUGGAUUGUUCCAGUUGGCUGCUCGAUUGGCGCUCUAUACCAAUAAUGCGACAUACGCGAACUGGGCGGAGCGCAUCUGGGAUUGGAGCGCGACAACGCCAUUGCUCAAGAAGAACUGGAACAUUGCUGAUACAACCACCUGCGAGACCCAGUGCACUGAUCAUGGUGACUGGCAAUGGACCUAUAACUAUGGCACGUACAUCAGCGGUGCUGGUUACAUGUACAACUAUACGAAUGGCACAUCGAAGUGGAAGGAAGGUAUAGAGGGUCUAGUAGGAACGUCAAGCCAGUUCUACCCGACUCAAAAGCCGUAUGCUAGCUCCGGCGGCAAUAUUCUCACUGAAACCACAUGCGAAUCCACCUCAAAAUGUGAUCGCAACCAGAUUACCUUCAAGGCUUAUUUCUCCAGCUGGCUUGCCUUCUUAACCACCAUCGUGCCAGAUACAUCCUCAUUGAUCAUCCCGAAGCUAAAGACCUCAGCUGUUGCCGCCGCUGCAACCUGCACGGGUCUUUCGGAUGGUUCCCACUGCGGAAUUACAUGGUAUACAUCAACGUGGGAUAACACUGAUGGAUUAGAACAGCAGAUGGCUGUGUUGGGUGUUCUCAAUGCGGCAUUAGUCCCCCUCAAAAAUCAAGCGCCGUAUACGGCCGACAAGGGUGGUACGUCGAAGAGUAAUCCCAAUGCUGGUACCAACACCUCUUCCGACGUGGUCCCAGUUUUGGACAAUAUCACCAAUGGUGACCGUGCUGGUGCCAGUAUUCUAACAGUUGUUUUUGUAACGGGUUGGGCCACGGCCGUGACCUGGAUGCUUCGUGGAGGUUGA